AUGUCGUGUACUACUGAUGAAAAUGUACAUUGUCUCUUAUCGCCUCGGCGAGAUUCCUGUCGUUAUUCUGAAAGUGGUUGUGGCUGUUUUGCUGGUGGUUGUCGUUGUUUUGCUGGUGGUUGUAGUUGUCAUGCUAGUGGUUGUAGUUGUCAUGCUGGUGGUUGUGGUUGUUUUGCUGGUAGUUGUCGUUGUUUUGCUGGUGGUUGUAGUUGUCAUGCUGGUAGUUGUCGUUGUUUUGCUGGUGGUUGUAGUUGUCAUGCUGGUAGUUGUCGUUGUCAUGCUGGUGGUUGUCGUUGUUUUGCUGGUGGUUGUGGUUGUCAUGCUAGUGGUUGUAGUUGUCAUGCUGGUAGUUGUCGUUGUCAUGCUGGUGGUUGUCGUUGUUUUGCUGGUGGUUGUCGUUGUUUUGCUGUUGGUUGUAGUUGUCAUGCUGGUGGCUGUCAUUGUUCUGUUAGCUGUUGUAGUUGUUUGGCUGGUUUUUAUGCUUGUUGCCAACGAAGAAGGUUGUGUCCCAAUAGUGUUUAUAUGAAAGCCUACAGUAGCUGGACCACUCACAGUUAUUGA